UUUUGGAUUUUCUACCAAAUAUACCAAAUGCAAAUAUCUUUCUAGACCUCAAGACUUUAGACUUGAGAGUUGCUAUUUCAAAUUAUUAUUUGACUAGUUUUUAGUUUCAUACUUUUGCUGUUUAGACCAAUUUGAUUAAUAAUAGCGAAGCUCUGAAGCUUUCUACGCUGAGAUCAUUCAAAUCAGCCGCAGUGCAGACUGACUUUAUGCUGGUAAUGAACCAACCUUGAUCCAUGAAAGUUAUACCAAUUACCAACUCAGUUGCUCAUGUUUAGUAAAUGUUGGAAAAUUAUUAAUGACUGGAUUCGAUCUCCGAGUAUUUGUGUAUUCUUAGAUUGAUGGUAACGGUAAUUGUAUUUCAACAGUUUCAUCAUUAGAUCACUCCUGUUUUAUCUAGGAGUCGUUGUUCGUCGUGUCUCAAUUUUUUUCGCCUCAGUAGUUACCCGAAAAUCAGUUAAAUUUUGUGUGAUUCAGUUUUUGCUAUCGUACAAUAAGUAAUCGAAGUUACAAUCAGAAAAUUAUACAUUCAGAAACCGAGAUAUUUAGUGCCUUAUUUGACUCUAAACCGAAGAAAAUUCAAAUUGGAAUCCUUUACGUUGGGUUGCUCAUCGCCAUCGAACGAACAAAUCUUCGAGAAAGCAAAGCAAAGCAAACUUUCAAGUUUUCGAUUCCAAAGUAUUACAACGUUCAAUUGCAAAAAUGUUUUCCAUCUUCAAAGGUCACACACAUCUGUCGAAGCAGUUAUAUUAUUUCCACGAAGGUACGACCAUAAAGAUAUUUCCCAAUCUUCGAGGUCGUAACUACUCAGAAAAAUCAUCUCCUGUGCAAGAAUCAGGAACAACUGUGCUUUCUAGCUCACAAAAUCAUGUUGAUUCUCCAAAGUUCGUUCAUUAUACUCAUAAUUCUAUUAUGAAACAGGCAUUCCUCAGUUUGUCAAAUGACGCUAAUUUUUCCAAGGAAUUACGUUACGUGCACACUAAAAGUAACAAAGAGAGAAUCGCCAACUUACGUCACGCUGAUUUUUCCAAGCAGUUAAAUUAUACAAUAAAAAACGAUAACAUGACCAAGGAAAUUGGUAAUUUGGUGGAAGAAUGGCUCUUACGUUUCGAUUCCUUGGGUGGAAAUGAAGCUAGUGUAAUUUCCGGUGCGUUCAAUAGUUUAUUAAAAUCCAAUAUUUUUAGUACCAAAUGGAACUCCGAAUAUCGAGAAAAUUUCAAAAAGUUAAUCGUUAAAUUGGCUGAGAAAGGAGACCUGUUAUUAGAUACAAAUAGUCGAGAUUUUUCUAAAUUUAACUCUUGGCAGGUUGCUAAUAGUUUGAAAGCGUUAUCCAAUUGGGAUGUGUUGAAUAGCGAUGUAUGGGAAGGUGGUGUUCAAAUUAGAAACCGGAAAAUAGCCGAGGUUGAUUUAUUCAGAUCUUUAAUUAGUCGUUUGAUAUGUCGAGGAACUUGGAUCCUGGAGAAUGAAACAGCUGAUCAAUUUGAUUCUCAGAGUAUCACUAAUUGUCUAAGUGCUUUAGCAAAAUUUAAUAUCAACGAGUUCGACGGAUCAAAGAAAUUCAUCAGUUGUUUAGUAAAACGAGGCAUCAAAGUUAUUGAUCAGUUCAGUCCUUUAGCUAUUUCAAACAGCCUGAAUGCGUUAUCCUUGUGGAAUAUAACCGAUUUCGAAGGUGCCAGCAAAUUCAUCGCACUGCUGUUUGAACGAGGAAGUUCAACCGAUGAAAGAUACACUCCUCUGAGUAUUGCCAAAACCUUGAACGCCAUGUCUAAAUGGACCGUCGAAGAAUUGCGGGGAGACAAGAAGUUCAUAAUUUAUUUAAUGAAACAAGGAACUUCGGUUGCAAAUAAAUUCAAUUCCAAGGAGAUCGCGCUAAGUUUGAACGCUCUGUCCAAGUGGAACGUCAACGAGAUGCAAGAAGCUAGAGGUUUUAUUGUUUUGUUAAUCCAAAAUGGAAAUUCUAUCAUCGAUACUUUCAUUUGCCAAGAUAUCGUUAACUGUUUAAAUGCGUUUAGCAAAUGGAAUAUUGAUGAAUUACCAGGUUCCAAAAAGUUCAUCGUCCGUUUAAUAAAACGAGGAAGCUCAACAGCCAAUGGUUUCAAUCCUCAAGGGAUCGCCAAUAGUUUGAACGCGUUGUCGAAAUGGAAUAUUCACGAGUUGGAAGGAAGUAAACAUUUCAUCGUACAAUUGGUGAAAUGUGGAAUUCUAACAGCUGACACAUUCGACUCGUUGAGUAUUUCUAGCUCCUUAAAUGCUCUUUCUAAGUGGGAUAUCGACGAAUUUGAAAGAACCAGAGAAUUUAUUGCUCGAUUAGUAAAACGCGGUCGUUCGUUAAUCAAUAGAUUCACUUCGCGGCGAAUCGCCAACAUCUUGAACGCUUUCAGUAAAUGGAAUAUCGAAGAAUUCGAAGGAGCCAACGAGUUUAUCAUGGAGCUGCUGAAGCAAGGAAAUGCCUCAGUUGACGGUUUCAGUGCUCAAGGUACUGCAAAUAUUUUGAAUGCUGUGUCCAAAUGGAAAAUCGACGAGCUCGAAGGAACUAGAGAAUUAAUCGUUCGUUUAAUUAAACAUGGAAGUUCAACGAUCACCAGAUUCGAUUGCCAAAAUGUUAGUAAUUCUUUAAAUGCUCUUUGUAAGUGGAACGUCGAUGAAUUAGAGGGAGCUACGGAAUUUAUUGUCGAACUGAUCAAACAAGGGAACUCAAUUUCUGGUGAAUUCAAUUCGCAAGAGGUUGUUAAUAGCUUAAAUGCGCUAUGCAAGUGGAAUAUUGUUGGAAUACGAACAGCUCGAGAUUUUAUCGUACAUUUAAUCACUCGCGGAAGUGCUAUUGUUGAUGAAUUUAGUCCUCAAGAAAUUUCCAGUGGUUUAAACUCUGUUUGUAAAUUGAACAUUUUUGAUGGCAAGAAAUGGAACGAUAGUCAGUCGGAAAACUUCAAACGUUUCAUUGUCAAACUUGCAGAAAAAGCGACCAAAAUAUGCGGCGAGUUCAAUUGCCGAGGCAUCGCCGACAUAUUUGAUGCUUUUUCAGAACUGAGAAUUAUGAGUAAAGAAAAAUGGACGGCAGAUGAAUGGAACUGUUUGAAGAAUCUUCUCGUCAGUCUUUCUACUCAAGAUGCUUCGUGUAAAAGUUACACCAUACAGGAUAUUUCAAUAAUUUAUAGAACUAUAUCUGAUUGGAAUAUUCUUCAAAAUAAUGAAUUCGACUCGAAACAGAUCAAUAAGUUCAAAGAUCUCAUCAAUAAUCUGGAAAAUCGACUUCUUGCGCUUGGAAAUGAACAGAGUUUAGUAAAACCUGACGUUAAUAUCAAUUUUUCCGUUCAAAUUAUCAGAGAUUUACCUGAGCUUAAGUCUAAAAAUCUCAUUCUGUCUGAUAAGCAGUUACUGGUUUCGUUGAUGCGUUGCUUAAGUAGUAAUGUGGAGAAAUGCGAAACUUCUAGUUUGAAGAAAGAUUGGAUUCAAAAAGGUAUUUUGACUGCGUUGUAUAAUUUUUUAAACAUUGCCAUUGAAUUGGAAGAUAGACACGAUUUAGAAGGAGCAUUUGAUGAGAGUUUGUCUAAAAUAUACAAUAAAGUGAUUGGAAAUGAUUUGGAUCACAUUGAUGAAAUAGUAGAUGUAGUUUAUGAAUUUGAUAAACUACAACUAAUUCGAGACAAGCAAUUUUUGUCUAGGUAAAUGAUUAUUUUUAUACUUUUUAAACUGUGAUAAUUUAUGUUUGGAAAUUCCUUUGGUAAUAAACGUGUUAUUUUUAAUAUCAAACACAUUUAAAAUGUAUGUACAAAAAUUGAAGAUUUUUCCUAUUUUGUCAAAUGUCAAAUUAUUUUUUACGUGUGUUUCAUUUUCAUAGAGUACCUACUUGUAAAUAUGUAAAUUUCAGAACUUCAUAAUUAUUUUGUUGCUAUUCAAUUGUUCGUUUCGUUAUGUUUUUUUUUGUUGUUUUGCAUUUUCUGGAUGUAAUUUUCGUACGAGUAAAUCGAUUAAAAUUGGAACCAUUCGUUUUUUUUUCAAAUGCAAGAAAGUUUUCACUGUUGAAAAUAUUGUACAGUACCUAAUUUAUUUAGAGAGAAAAUCAACCGCUUUCUUUGAGGAUAAAUUUUUUGUCUUACGACGGAAAUACCCCAACUUGCAUGAUCAUUUUUGAACUGAACAAAACGCCUGGUCGUAAUGGCAUGCAAAAUAAUGAACACCGUCGGUCAACAUUUCAAGUUUUAAAAUGCAUUUUUUUUACUUUUUUUUUCAAAUUUUACCAAAUUGACCUAGAAAGUUGAAAUUUGAGAUAUAACUACCUAACCCAUGUUUGACUCACCAAAUCGUUUUGAGCAGUUCUGGAACUUUUUUUAAAAAAAUUUAAAUUUUAAAUUUCCGAAAACUUUCACCAAAUAAAAUUGAAAACUCGAAAUUGAUUUCGGCAUGCUGAGUUAAGUGGAGGUGAUUUCAAAGUUGUUUUAUUGAUAAGUUUAAAUUAUUACUCGCCAUGUGAGCUAAAUAAUUCAUUGUAAGCUUGAAAAUCAACAAUAAAAUUACAGCUCACAUAAUCAGUACAUGUACAUAAAAUCUAGCUAUUUUAGUAACCAGGACCUGGGUUCGAAGGAGGUAGCUUUUCCUAUAACUUCAGAAAAGUUGACGAAAGAUAAUUUUUUCAACCUUUUUAGGAAUUUUAUUUUUUAUACCCUAUUCGAAAUCAUCAGUCAGGGUAGGUAGGUAUUCGUGCUAAGUCUAACAACACAAUGAAAAUUUUAAUUUCUACAAGAAGGUAUUGCGAAAAGUUUCCUCUUAAAAGCCAUGAACUGAAAAUGAUUAAAAUACAAUUUUAAAAAAUUGAUCUAUUCUAUUGAAUUGGUAACAUUUUUCAACAACUUUUUUCUCAAAAUCCUCCAAAAUCAUGAACAAUGAUUUUUUGCAUAAUUUUUUUAAAAAAAGUGGUACUUGUUUGAAUUUUUAGCUCAUAAAAUCAACUUCAAGAGCUCUCUCCCCCACCACGGUAAUUUUUACUGCAUAAAUUCCAAUUAUUGUUGAGUUCUGAUUUCAUGGCAUUUUUUUGACGAUCUAGUCCAAAAUUGGUGGAACCAAUAAUUACAACAAAAUAAUGAACAAUUUUAAAAGAAAUUACAAUUUGUGCGACCAAAACUUGCCUAUCACUUCUUGUUAUGUACUUACCUACCUACAUAUAUCUUCCUACUUACCAGCACACGAUUCAAUAAAAUCUGCAAUUGUGAAAACAAAGAAAAAGAAAGAAAUGAAGCAAAAAAUAUGAAUCAUUUUUAAACUGACAAAGCCAGUAUAGGCAAACUUCAGAAAGACCAAAUUGGAAAUAGGCUAAGUAAAAGUCACCCCUCGGUGCACAAGUAAAGAAUCAAGUUUCACUAAUUAAAAAUUCGAUCAUUAACUAACAUUUUAUAGCAACUUCGAUAUCCUUUGAAAGAUGCACAGCCUGAGAUCUGGAAAAAAGUUGGUAUUCUGUCGUUCUAAUAGCUAUAGAUAGGUACCUAGCUCUAAAUCUAGAAACCAUCCUUGCGCACAACGCCUGAUUCUUUCUCCGGUAAAGCUACACACCAUCUUUCACCUUCUCUUUCCCAUUAUUGUUUACUCUCAGUUUUUCACCCUCAGUCUAUCCCUACGUACCACCCUAAAUACUUUUUUUUCGUAGUUCUUACUUCUUAUCUGUUCUAUAUACUGUUCUUCACCCUACAAGUUACAUUCGUUUUCUAUCGAAAGCAGUUGAUCAUUGAUAUUAUGAUUUAAAAUUCGUUGCAGUUGAAAUUUUCCAAAUUCUAUUUCACCCAAUUUUUCGAAAGUGUUCAUUUUUUUUCGUUGCGUUAAGAAAAUGUGUUAUUGUCUGAUCAAAUCAUGUUUCUGUUUCUCUCUCAAAGUUGGUACUGGCAUUAUGCUUUAUUUGAAACUGGUGAGUACCUACAAGUAGAUUUAUUCAGAUUCGGAUGUCAUAAUGAUAAUGCAUAUUUUUUUUCUUUUGUUAAUAAUAUAGGUACCUAUAGGGAAAUAUUCUAUGAACUGUAGGUCUGUACUUGGAUGUGGUAGCCUGUUGCACUUACCACAUCUCAUAAAAUCCUUGUUAAAGAUCUGUUUUGUUUUUCUUAUAGUUGCACAACAUUUUGGUAUUCGUGAUUCCUAUCGCUUAUCCGGUAGCGAACAAAUAUAUUGGAAGUACACUGGAAGUCGGUCUCUAUUUCUGGAUAUUCCUAACAGCGCAAACUUUGUGUCUAUUGCUCGGAAUUUUACGUUUUCAUUUUAACAUAAGUGCGUUUUUUGAACCUUUACAAUAUGUGCUUUUGUUUCAAUUGGUCCUAGUAGCGAGUGAUGUUGGGGUCAUAAUUUUUACGCACUACAACAACGAAUUCAAUACAUUGUGCAAGGAAACUCAGGGCAGUCAGGAGGAAACUGUUAAUGGCUGCCUAUUUAUAGCGAUCUUAUUCCAUAGUGAAUUUACGAUACUACGUAUAAUUUUCAACAUUCUCGCCCAAUACGUAUUCUACAGCUACUACAAAAUCGUAGAACUACGAGAACCUGUCCUUGUUUCUUGUGGUAUAUGCGAUGUUACUUCUGUUAAGAUGACGGAAAAAGUAGAAGAAGCCAAUAAUAAUGUGGGUGUACCUCCAGAUAAUAAUAAUGUAUCGGAAGCUCCAAAUCAGAGUGAAGAAAAUGUCGCUUCCGAGGUUCCGACUCGACGUAGAUUUUCAGGCGUCGGGCUUCGGAUUCCCUGUUCCAGUUUUUGGAUUUGGUGUGUUGGACUAACAGCUUCCAGUAAAGUCACAUCCAAACGACAAGCUUCCCGAAAAGUUACAAUAAGCCGUGUUAAGCUCAAGCCAAUUCCAGUAUGAGCAGAAAUAGUCUGAUGAUUAAUAAGCUACAUUUUAUAUUUACUAAUUUUUAUGAAAUUAUCGUAUAAUUUAUGAAGAAUUUUCAAGAAAUUACCCACCUAGGUAGGUACUUAUCCCAAGUUUCUAAUUUUUCGUACAUUUGAAAAUGUUAUUUUGCUUUCACUUUACAAUUAGAAAAAUCUGGCUACCCUCAUGCCACUGCUCUAAAUUUGAACCACUUCUGCAGUCAUUUUUUUUACAUUUUUCAAUGAUUUUUCAAAUUAAUCAUUACAACAAAAUGCAGAGAUGCAGAGGAUUUCUAUCACCAUGUAAGGUUCUAAAAAAAAAAAAAAAAAACACGGUUCAAUAUUCGUAGAGUGAAAUGCACUUGAAAUCCAAGUAGGUAGGUAUUUCAUUUGAAACGCAUAACUAGGUAUACAUUUCUCAGAAACAAAAUCAAUUUUCCUUUUUCAUUGGGUAAAUGAUUAAAAAAUAUGAUUAGGUAGGUAUUUGCAACACAACACAACCUCGUAAUUAAAAUAAGAAAACAUUUUCGCUAGAAUUUUUCCAAAAUAAAAAAAAUCGGAUUUGAAGGUUUCUUGAAAAUACGUAUGUACAUACCUAAAGAGAAAAAAAAACAAAAAAGCUCCCUCAGGAAGAACUUUUAGUUAUAAUUAAUGUAAAAACAUAAGUUUUCAAGGAGCUUAUUUUAUAACUCAGAAUUGAAACACUUUGUCAAGGUGUUGUGAUUGUGCAUUAUUUCUCGUACUUAUUCUUUUAUUCAUUUUUUUUUAUUUUUUUUUUACUAUAAAUUAGAAUUACCUAAGUAUAUAAAUACUUAUAUCUAUAAGGAAGACUUAAUAAAAAUCAUUUUUUUUGUGUU